AAAGGAGCUGGUGCAUUCGAGAGGAGGCUCUUCUGCGAGGGCCCUGCUGUUCCUUGGAGUCAAUCUGUUGAUUGUGACGACAGAAAAUCAUGGCAGAAUCGAAAGUAAGAGAGAUGGCUCACGGCACUUCGUUUGACAAUGGCACACCGGCAGAGCAGGCAGCCGACACUGUACUGCGUGACGACACUCGCAACACGGCAGAGCAGGAACAGGCAGCAGACGCAGACGUAGACGCAGAGGGAGAGGGCGAGGCAGAGAGCCUAGAUCAGAGGGUAGUGACGGUUGACCCAGAGAGACCCGCCAAAGCACAAGUCAACAACUGGACUUUAGAGAGCUCUGCUGUGCUCAAGCCAGGAAGCACAUGGGUGAGAGAGAUAGUCUACGGGGGGCACUCAUCCAUGCAUCCACCGCAUGAAUGGAUCUGUGGGCAUGUGCGUUUCUGCGUGUGUGUGUGGUGUGUGCAGCUGAAGCGCUUGGUGGACAGCCCCUCCACGCCGCUGUCGGUGUUGGGGUUCAUUGUGGCGGUCCUGUGCGGUAUGGUAUUCGGCAUGUCACUCGAGAAAGGAAAGGUCAGACAGACACAGAGAUGACGGCCGCGGUGGGGCCGUGUUUGCAUGUGCAUGCGUGUUUUGUUUGUCUUGGCGCGUGUGCAGGUCUUCCUUCCCACGGUUAUUUUCAGCCAAAUGGUACGUUCAUAGCUGCCGAAGAGGUAAUGGAUGGCGCCCAUCUGGCCUCUCUCUUGUCUACCUGUUUUGCAGCUGUUCCGCCAGUUCGUAAUGCUCAAGAUGUUCCUGUGUGCGGCCACAUCCAGUUUAAUCACACUGGCAAGAGAGCACACUCCCACAGACACAGAGAAAACAGGCCCGCCACCCGCAUGAAGACCUGCCUGAAUCUGUGUGCACCUCUCUGUCUGUCCAUCAUCAGGCGUUCAUGUCCGGUGUGAUGCCUGAGCGUUUCGAGAGCACCCGGAGGUACCUGAUCGACAACGACAAGGGCUUCAUCUCCGCCACCGUCGGCGCGCUCAUCCUGGGUGUCGGCAUGACCCUCGCAGGCAGCUGCCCUGGCAACGUCAUUGUCCAGGUGAGAUGGAGCAACACGCACCCACGCAACACAAUACAACACACAACAUGUUCUGCUGUCUCUGCGCGCAGCUCGGUGCCGGCGUGACGAAUGCGUGGAUCAUAGUGGUUGGCGGGCUGACGGCGUCUGUCGUGUGGGGCAUCUUGGACAAACCCCUAGUGAAGCCCAUGGAGGGCCGCUGCAAGCCCCCCUUCAGGCGCGAAACAGUCGACUCGUACUUCUACAAGCCCUACUGGAUAUGCGCCAUGGGCCUGGCUGCCAUGUGCGCCGCGGUGGUGGCGGUGUGCGAGUACUAUGUGCCGUGGAAGGACGAUUUGCCCCCUGGUGUCAGGCUCGACAAGCACUCCAACACGCCCCUACACCCGCUGUGAGUGAAACAGCUGAUCUUGUGCAUCUGUCAUGUGUUGCAUGUGUGCUCUUGUGUUGUGCUGUGUUGAUUUGGUCUCUAGGGCUCGCGCGUGGCCGCCUGAGGUGGCUGGUGUGCUGGUAGGCGUGCUCCAGUGGCCGGUGCGGUACUUCUUCAGCGACGGGCUGGGCUCGGCCACGUCAUACUGCACCAUCACGGCAGUGCCACUCAAGGCCAUCUUCGGCGUCGGCAAACUCUCAGAGAGAUACACGGACUGUGCUGACCAGUGAGACUCACAGACGGGGGGGACACACGAGAAUAGGAGAGAGACGGACACCCGGCCGUAUCUUCGUCUGUGUGUACGUGUCGGUGUGGGGCAGGUCGAAUUGGUGGCAGGUAGUGUACCUGUGGAUCGGCGCCACGCUGGGUGCGUUCCUGUCGUCCUACUACAGCGGUGUCUUCAACCUGCAGGACGGCUUCCACCCCGCCAUGUGCUUCUUCGGCGGCUUCUGCAUGCUCUUAGGCUCACGCAUUGCCGGCGGAUGCACCAGCGGCCACGGCAUUAGCGGCAUGGCUGAGCUCAGCCUCACCUCACUCGUCGCCGUGCCCAUGAUGUUUGCUGGUCAGUGAAAUGGAAGACACAAAAGCACACAUGGAUCUCGUGUGUGUGGGGGCUGUGGGGUGUUGUGUUUGGUUGCAGGUGCGAUUGCGACUGCCUUCAUUCUCGAGGGCGCCAACGCCGCACCGGUUUAAACAACGGGCAUGUGACGACAAGAGUACGUAUUUACCUACCGGGCGCUAAGGGCACGGAUCAUCCAUUGGUCCGUCUAUCUGUCUACUCCUCCAUCCAUCCACCCACGCGUGUAUACAUGGGUCCUUUUAUACCGAUCGCUCGUCUUCUUGCCUAUCCGCCUGCCUGUCGGCUGCGUGGAUGAUAUCAGCGCAUCACUCUCCUGUGUAUAUUUUUUGUCCAUGUGCGGGUGGGGCCACGGGCGACGCGGAUGGUUGUACAGUCUACCUGUGUGUGGGGGAUCGGAUGAGUGGGUGGGUGGUGAGGCCACCCAUAUGGAUGAAUGAAUGGAUGGAUGGAUGUGUGCAUGAUGCAUAGGGGAAAGGAAACCUUGCAGUGGGUCAACAAAGGUUUGGAAAAGUGCGGUGGCGACGUGGGAAUGACACGCCGUCAUUGUGGAUGAUGUCCGGACGUCCCUGCCGUGACUCGUGCAGGGAAGGUCGUCCACCAGCCCCUCUGUCGGCUUUGCAUUCCCAUUGCCCCACUGCACGAGACGCGUCACAUCGAUGCAUAUCGUAUCUAUGUAUCUGUCUUGCGUGUGGGUUGCUGUUGAGUGUGUAGUCGGUGUGCAGUGAGUGUGCAGCGAGCGUGUAGGACAGGAUCGUACACCACACUGCAUGGUGUGGAUGCUCGUGUGUGCGCGCAGAUGAGGACACGCCAGAUUUUUCGUGCAUUAUUGCUCUCAACGCAACGAAC